AUGACGUACUUCAAGACCAAGCUGGUGGUCCAGCUAGAAUUCACUCGGGUCACUAAAGCUGUCGUCCUAUUGAAGGCGGCCUGGAAAGCAAGCCUCUGGCAGGUGGACGAAGCCUCGAAGCGGGCAAUAUUGCUGAAGAAAGACUUUCCAAGGAUGCCUGCGAACACGUUUGACGCCCCUCGGAGGCCCCCUAGCGCCGAAGGUACAAUAAGCCCAGAUGCUCCCAAGCCAGAAGGCCCGGACGACGUCAGGGAUGACGACGGCCCUGAGAUUGAAGGCGACCCUCGGAUAGUUAUCAAGGGGGCCCUCGCUCGAAAACUCCGCUCGGACGGUUGCUCAUAG